AUGCCGACUCAUCAGGACAACAAUGAUGCAGCAUCCAUUGAUGAGAAGCAGGACGGCAAGAUGUUCGAGACAUCUCUCGACCACAUUCCAAGUCAUGCCAACGGAACAGUCGCAACUAUCGACGGCAUAGAUCCUGCAACUCUGCAUAACGAUGAAGUAAUCACCCAGGCGAUACAGGCCAUUGGUUUUGGCAAGUUCCAAUGGCAACUGACUUUCUCAUGUGGUUUCGGCUUCCUAGUAGAUCAGAUGGUCCUUGUCUCGAUCAGCCUUGUUACACCUCAAGCCGCCAUGGAAUUCGGUCCUCGAUAUGCGACUCUCCUAUCUGCAUCUUCGUAUGCUGGCUUACUCGUCGGCGCUUUGUUUCUUGGUACACUGGCCGAUAAUUUCGGCCGCAGAUUAGUUUGGCAGGCAUCUAUUUUCGGAUGCUCUAUCUUGACUACCAUUGCAGCUUGUUCGCCUAGUUGGGCUGCUUUGAAUGUCUUUGUGGCUUUGAUUGGCCUGUUUGCUGGCGGAAACCUGGCUAUCGACUUGACACUCCUGGCGGAAGCAAUCCCUCAAGAAUGGUCGUUCAUCCUAUCAAGUCUCGCAGGAAUCUGGGGCCUUGGGAAUGCUGUCACGGGCCUUAUUGCCUGGCCGCUCCUUGUUAACUUCGGAUGCCCCAGCGGCUCGAACCCCGAGACUUGUAGCCGCGGCGAGAACAUGGGCUGGCGAUAUCUCUACAUCACUCUUGGUGGGCUCUGUCUCGUCAUGUCGCUCAUCCGUGCUUUCGUCUUACGAUCCCUUGAAUCUCCACGAUGGCUCGUCUCUUGUGGAAAGAUGAACGAGGCCGCCGAGGUAAUCAACCAUAUCAGCAGGAUGAAUAAGUCGAACUAUCACGUCACUGGUGAUAACUUCCUGCAGCCUGAACAAGAGAAAGCCGAUGGUGAGGUACGGUCUUGGCGUGCGAAUAUUGAUCGAGCGUCAAGACUCUUCUCUGGUGCUAAGCAGAUACGCCUGAUGAUUGGUCUCAUCAUGAUAUGGGCUCUCAUUGGCAUUGCAUACCCACUCUACACCAUCUUCCUCCCUUACUACCUCGCAGCUCACGGAGCCAACUUUGGCGAAACCAGCAACUACAUCACCUACCGCGACUGGACCGUUUCCUCAGUUGUCGGCAUCUUCGGCCCCCUCCUCAGCACCAUCCUCGUAUCAUCACGCUACUUCAAGUCCAAGCGCUCAAUGCUCCUCACUGGGGUUAUCUGUUCUUCAGGUUCAGAAUCGCGGUCUUGGUAUGGGGUUGCUUAUGGCGGUUGGGAGGAUGGCGUCGCUUAG